GUUUAUUUUAUUUCUAUGAUAAUCUAUGCAUUUCUUACGAGCUUAUAUCUGUACACGGAUUCCAUUAUAAUGAGCAUAUGAUUGUUUUUAUGAAUUCUUUCUUACAAUAGUAUUUACCAAAACUCAAUGAUGAGGCAGAAUCGAAAGUGAAAUGAUCCUAUGGCUUAAUAUUUGUAUUUUUAUCCAUAAAUAUAUCAAAAAGACGACACUUCUACAAUAUAUCUUUGUCAUUCCUUCAUCGACAAUCUCAAAGCUCAUUUUCUUCACAUCAUAUUUUCUUUAGCAUGUUGGUUAUGUUUCGUAGUAACAAAACUGACCAUAAGCUAGUCCUCAGAAUGAAGAAUAUGAAUUUCAACAUUGCCUAAAUGAUUAAUGCACAAGUAAAUAAGUAAAAAAUAAAUCAUGAUUUAUAGAUACAGUUUGUCGACAGUUUAAACACCACACUCCUCCAGAUUUCAGUCCCAAUGUAUACGGCAUUUACAAACGAUUUUUAUCCUUUCUAAUUUCUUUUGCAUUUGUAGAAAACACAACUACACAUUACACUGUUUAUGCGUCUUAUCAACGGUUUAUUAUAUUCCCAAACUUCGUUGGAAUUCACAAUCGCUUAUAUAAGCACUAGACAAUUAGUUCAAAAGCUUUUCUCUUUUUUAUUUCUACGACCUCAUUGACUUUAGUUUUUUUUGCCAAGUUUUCCCUAUUUCAAGUAUUUUUUGUUAAUUGAUUUGUCAUGGAUAUUCAAUUGAAAAAUCCUAAUAUCAUUCCUCUCUGGAAAUGCGCGAAUGCAAAGGCUUGUUGUAUGGCUAUUGAUGGCUCCACAGUCAUUCAUGAUAAACCUGGUUUGCUCUCUCGCCUAAGGGAGAUCCUUAAUUAUGAAAUUGAAAAGGGAGACACGUAUCCUAUAGAAAGCCCUUUGAGCCUGGAAGAAGCUGAGGAAUACUUCUUUAAAUAUUGCACAGUCAUUUGCUUAGAAUGGGACGGCCAUAGUCCACUUCCUAACCUACAAACGUCUACAAUAGAUUGGAAAAGAAUGAUCCUCGGGUUUUUUAUCAUAAAACCAAACUAUCCUUCUCGCUGUAGUCACGUAUGUAAUGGCGGAUUUUUAGUAGCUCCCGAGACUCGUGGUCGGGGUAUAGGGAGAGUACUUGCAUAUGCGUUCUUGUACUUUGCGCCUCGCAUGGGCUACAAGUCUAGUGUCUUCAAUCUCGUAUUCGCAACCAAUGUAGCCAGUUAUAAGUUGUGGGACAGCCUUGGUUUCACUCGCGUAGGAGUAGUUCGUAAUGCUGCUCGUUUAAAAGGAUAUCCCAAGCUUGUUGACGCAUAUAUCUAUCAAUAUGAAUUUCCUCCCUUGAACGAAGAAGCUGAAACAGGAGCUACAUCCUAAUUCAAAUCUAUUCGAUUCAUUAUUUUGGAUUAUAGAGAUGUUUAUGUCUUUUUUUAUUAGAUUUACAUAUAAUAUAGUAUUAUCAUUAACCUUCCUUCAUGAACUAAAAAGCGAAAACCUGA